AUGAAGGUAUUUUCUAAAAAUCUACGCUACAUGCAUUUAGACAAAACAUACUGUUUACUGUCAGGUAAAAACGCUCGCAUAGUACUCGAGUUAUUUCGUCUGUUAGAUGUCCAUAAUGAAAUGGCCCUAAACGACUUACAAUUCCUUGCAUUCAUGCGAGUCUCCACCGACCUCAAUGAAAGCGAGAUCUACAAAGUUUUCGACAUGCUUGACGUGGAUGGCUCAGGGACAAUUGACUUCGACGAAUUUUAUUUACUUGUGUGUAUUCUAAUUGCUGUACAAGACAACGAAGAGAAGCACUUUAUUUACAGACAUUCGAGAACUGUCUUUGACCUUUUAGAUGAAGACAGUAGCGGGAAUAUUUCGUCGUUCGAGUUUGAGACUUUUGGAUUUAUGUUCAACCUUCAAGGGAAGGCUAUAAGAGAUAUAUUUAAAGAAUUUGAUGUCUCUGGCGAUCAGGAGCUUGACUAUUCAGAGUUCAAAAUGUUCGCUAUGGCGUGYAUUGACAGGUGUGCUGAGAUUGAGAAAUCACUUCCAAGUAACCGCUGCUUAGCAAUGGUAGUUCGAGGAAUGGAAAUGUGCUCUAUCACUUAAUAACAAAGCAAGGAGGGAAUAUUAACCGUCAUUUUGUAAAAMAUAUAGAAUGGAUAGAAUAAA